GGGGACGCCAAUUAAUACCAAUGGCGGAGGUGCUUUUCCUGAUGCAGACGCCAGUCCACUCGUAACUGGACCGAGACCACCAAGGUGAUUCAUGGCAGGGGACGUGGAAGGGUUUAGUUCCUCCAUCCAUGACACCAGUGUCUCUGCUGGGUUCAGAGCACUGUAUGAGGAGGGAUUGCUUCUUGAUGUCACACUUGUCAUUGAAGAUCACCAAUUCCAGGCUCAUAAAGCACUCCUUGCCACCCAGAGUGACUACUUCAGGAUAAUGUUCACAGCUGACAUGAGGGAGCGAGAUCAGGACAAAAUUCAUUUGAAAGGUCUGACUGCUACAGGCUUCAGCCAUGUCCUACAAUUCAUGUACUAUGGAACUAUAGAACUGAGUAUGAAUACUGUUCAUGAAAUCCUGCAGGCUGCCAUGUAUGUUCAACUUAUAGAAGUGGUGAAGUUCUGCUGCUCUUUUCUCUUAGCCAAAAUCUGCUUAGAAAAUUGUGCAGAAAUUAUGAGACUCUUAGAUGAUUUUGGUGUAAACAUCGAGGGAGUCAGGGAGAAGUUGGACUCCUUUCUGCUAGAGAACUUUGUGCCACUAAUGUCAAGACCUGACUUCCUGUCCUAUCUGAGCUUUGAAAAGCUUAUGUCUUAUUUGGAUAAUGACCGUCUGAGCAGGUUCCCAGAGAUAGAACUGUACGAGGCUGUUCAGUCUUGGCUGCGGCAUGAUAGAAGACGCUGGAGACAUACCGAUACCAUCAUUCAGAACAUCAGGUUUUGUUUGAUGACCCCAUCCAGUGUUUUUGAGAAGGUUAAGACAUCAGAAUUUUAUAGAUAUUCUCGGCAGCUACGACAUGAAGUUGACCAAGCAUUGAAUUACUUUCAUAGUGUUCACCAGCAGCCUUUGAUGGAAAUGAAAUCCUGCCGUAUCCGUUCUGCCAAACCCCAGACUGCAGUAUUCAGAGGAAUGAUAGGACAUAGCAUGGUAAAUAGUAAAAUUCUUCUUUUACACAAACCACGGGUCUGGUGGGAGCUGGAGGGUCCACAAGUACCUCUACGACCAGACUGCCUUGCCAUCGUGAAUAACUUUGUGUUCUUGUUAGGCGGGGAAGAACUGGGGCCAGAUGGUGAAUUUCAUGCUUCCUCCAAAGUGUUCAGGUAUGACCCAAGACAAAAUACUUGGUUGAGAAUGGCAGAUAUGUCUGUACCACGUUCAGAAUUUGCAGUUGGUGUUAUUGGUAGGUACAUCUAUGCUGUGGCUGGAAGAACAAGAGAUGAGACAUUUUAUUCAACAGAGCGUUAUGACAUCACUGAAGACAAAUGGGAAUUUGUGGAUCCUUAUCCAGUCAAUAAAUAUGGACAUGAGGGGACAGUGCUUAGUAACAAGUUGUUCAUCACUGGUGGAAUUACCUCAUCUUCCACUUCCAAACAAGUGUGUGUAUUUGAUCCUAGUAAAGAAGGGACAGUGGAACACCGAACAAGAAGAACUCAAGUAGUUACUAAUUGUUGGGAGAAUAAGUGCAAAAUGAAUUAUGCGAGAUGCUUUCACAAAAUGAUUUCUUAUAAUGGUAAGCUUUAUGUGUUUGGUGGUGUCUGUGUGAUCUUAAGGGCCUCUUUUGAGUCACAAGGAUGCCCUUCCACAGAAGUUUAUGACCCAGAGACUGAUCAGUGGACUAUCUUGGCAUCAAUGCCAAUUGGUAGAAGUGGUCAUGGUGUAGCUGUAUUGGACAAACAAAUAAUGGUUCUUGGAGGCCUUUGCUAUAAUGGUCAUUACAGUGAUUCUAUUCUCACAUUUGAUCCGGAAGAAAAUAAAUGGAAAGAAGAUGAGUACCCACGGAUGCCCUGUAAACUUGAUGGUUUACAAGUAUGCAGCCUGCAUUUUCCUGAAUAUGUAUUAGAGCAUGUUAGACGUUGCAGCUAAAAAUGUACAUCUCCCUUAAAAGAAAGAAAGCAAAGCGUAGUAUUUAAGACUCUUAAGUACUUGUUGGUGUUGUAGUAGUUACUAAAUGCAUAAAGAGAAACAGGGAAUGCACCUCAUCAGUUUUACUAGCAAUGCCAUUGUUAUGGUAUUGUAAAAUUUUCUUUUCUCCUUGCAUUUUCCCCCUUUUCAGUGGCCUCAUGAGCUCAUGCAGUAAAUUCAUUCUAGAAAAUAGCAGUUACACUUAUAGCCUCUGGAAGCAGUUGAAUAGAGUGAUCCACUUGUCUGGAAAAUUGAUUUUAUACCUUAAAAAACAUUUUAAAUUGUCAAGGUAGGAUUUGGUAGUCUUCUAGAAGAACUACCUUCAAGUGUCAUUUAAAGUGAUUUCAGUCAUUUCUUCUAUCUAAAGUCUUUUGCAUUGCUCAUUAUGUCAGUGUUUCACUUUUGGUUUUGUCAUACAAACAGCUUAAAACUUAACUUUUUGCAUGGCUUUUGUAUAGUAGUCUGCUGAAAAUGCAAAAAUAUAAAUUUUCUACUAAAUUAACAACUUUUUAUACUCAAAAACACUAUUUCUAUGCUGCCUUCUAUUGUCUGCAUUGUGUUUGUAAGUGAAGAAAAUAUAUGCACAUGUGAAUACAUAAUAAAAUCUAUAUACAGUGCAUCUUUUUGUGUGGUUAGGAUAUUACAUUUUUAAUUAGUGCACAAAUUGUCAGUCAUACUUGUUGAGUUUUAGAUGUAGUAACAUCUUUCCAUAUAUUAAUAUUAAAAAAAAAAUUAAAGUAACUGGAGGCCUCAUUUGGUAUCAAAGUACCCUAUCUUUGAUACAUACUGAUUGAUUCAGUAACAUUUGAACUCUUUAUAUUCACGUUACAUAUAUAAACUCAUGAAAAUUAAGAUUUUAUAUUUAUUUAAAAAGUAAAUAUUAAGGUAAACCACAUCAAUGUUUGUCUUUCACUUUUGAAUAUGUUUCUCUUUUCAGUAUAUUUGAAUGUCAUUCUACAUGUAGUGAGAACUGGAUAUGUCUAAGCCCUAAUUCUGCAGUGUGCAAGCACUUUUUACCACUCCAAAGGUGGUUAUACUCUACUGUAUGUAAUUGAGAUUCAGUAGUGGUAUUAUUUAUAGUUUGUAUUUGAAUCUAAUAAUAAUUUUCAGGUAUCAUCCAAGGGUGUUGGAUUAUGAAAAUGAGAAACAUAAAUUUUAAAAUAGGCCAUAUUUACCAUUUCUUUACUAAGAGAGAAAUAAUAAAAUGUCAGCAGCUAUUAUCUUUACCCUCAUGCCCUUUUCUUCCUUUAAAAGAUUUUUGGUGAUAUCAUUCAAAUAAUUAUAACACAUUACAAAAUAAGUUUAACUUCCAUUUCCUCUGCCUCUCUUCCCUCCACUCCCACUUCUGUCAAAGUGGGGCUAGGUACUUCUGUUAUUAAGCAUAAACUAAUAGCCCUUACAGAUUUAGAACUUAAUUCUAAUUGCAGACAUUAUGAACAAACUGUUAUCAGAUUAAUAAUUACUUCCUCACACUUUUCUUAUGAAAUUUACUAGCUUAUUUUUUUUCUUCCAAACUGUCUAGUGGCAUUGGUAAUCAAACCCUCAUCUUCUGUCUUUUGUACUAAAGUACCACACAUCAUGAGGAAUCAUAACCCCAAAGUUAAAAAAUGAUCAAGAACAAUUUUUAAAAAUACAUUUAUUAAGAAGGGUGCUUUAGGACUAAAUGUACCUUUUAAUUAUUUAAACUCAAAUAAAAUUGUUUAGUUGAGUGUAACCUAAGAAAUUUAUUUCCUGUAGCAUGCCAUGACCAAAUUGGUGUCAUUUUUCUCAUCCUCUAAUUGGCCUUCAGUAGGCUAUGCCUGCACUGGUGAGUGUAAGAUGUAAGUAAGACAUUUGUGCAAUAUUACAAUGCUGUUAUAUAAAUUUUCUAGUUUUAUACAAGUUUUGACUGCUGCCAUCAUUGAAAAUAAUGUGGCAAGGUGAAAGAACUUCCAAAGAAGAAACUUCGUGGUAACUCUAACCCCGCCCCCAAAUCCAAUGUAGAUCAUACUGUGAAGUAAAAUCUGGCUUAAAAAUACCAAGAUUGUUCAUUUUUGUGAGUAACAAGCAGUAAGUAAAUGAGUAGGUAUAUAAAAAUCGCAAACUAACCUUUAAUUUGAGAAAAGUCAUUAUUGUUCAUCUGCUUAAAAGACAACAUUUCAUUAAAAUAACCUUUUAUAAUUCAAACAACAGCAAAGUCUAUGAUUGAGCAAGGGAUUAAUCUGGAACUGUUCAUCUGAGAGCAAAGCUUGUAAAGAAGUUUUAGUUUUAGGAUAUGAUUGUUAAUUUCUUUUCAGUUUUUCUAGGAAAUAAAUUGAUCAUUGUUUUCCCAGAGUUAUGUACACAAGAGCCUUCUUCAUCUUUUUAAAAAACAGACAAAUUCCUGACAUCUUAAUAUUUGCUACAAUUUUACCUUUUCCUUUUAAUAAGAUUUUGUGAGCAGACUGUCUUGGUAAGGUGUUUUUGGUUUUUUU